GCACGUGCUUGCUGUCACUGUCUGGGGAUCAGUUUGGUGGAGGUCACGGCGAGGGGUCUGAAGCUGACGGUGAAAGUGCUGAGGUGGUGGAGGACAAACACACAACGGACAACCCGUCACGUGUCACUGUGUGCGAGUCAUGUUGUAUCCUGUGGUUCGUUCUUCGUACUAAAGGACUUGUGACACCUAGCCAUGGCAAAGCUUUUUGAGUCCAUAGGGAAGUUGGGUCUGGCUCUGGCCAUUGGCGGAGGCGUGGUGAAUUCUGCGCUUUACAAUGUGGAUGCUGGCCAUCGGGCUGUGAUUUUUGACAGGUUCCGGGGGGUGCAGGACACAGUGAUAGAUGAGGGAACCCACUUCGUCAUUCCUUGGGUUCAAAAGCCCAUCAUCUUCGACUGCCGCUCACGCCCCCGCAACGUGCCUGUCAUCACAGGCAGCAAAGAUUUGCAGAAUGUGAACAUCACGCUGCGCAUCCUCUUCCGGCCGAUGGCCAGCCAGCUGCCCCGCAUCUUCACCAGCAUUGGAGAAGAUUAUGAUGAGAGGGUGCUGCCUUCCAUAACCACAGAGGUCCUCAAGUCUGUGGUGGCGAGGUUUGAUGCUGGCGAACUUAUUACACAAAGAGAACUCGUGUCCAGGCAAGUGAGUGAGGACCUGACUGAAAGAGCGUCCACCUUCGGUCUGAUCUUGGAUGAUGUCUCACUGACUCACCUGACAUUUGGGAAGGAGUUCACGGAGGCUGUGGAGAUGAAGCAGGUGGCCCAGCAGGAGGCUGAGAGAGCACGAUUUGUUGUGGAGAAGGCCGAGCAGCAGAAACAGGCGGCCAUCAUCUCUGCCGAGGGCGACUCCCAGGCUGCCCUGCUCAUUGCCAACUCUCUGGCCACAGCAGGUGACGGCCUGGUAGAGCUGCGCAAGCUGGAGGCCGCGGAGGACAUCGCCUUCCAGCUGUCGCGUUCACGAAACAUCACCUACCUGCCUUCUGGCCAGGGCACACUACUCCAGUUGCCCCAGUAGCCCUGCAGUAGUCUAAGCAGUUUGAAGGUGUAUGUGUGAAGUAUUGUACCAUGUUUCAGUCAGAAUUCCAUAGUGGAUAAUCGAUAAGAUAGCGGUCAUUUUCUGCCCACUUUCUCCACAAAUGGGUGCACAACAAUGUGAGGGUUGGGGACAGAACACAGUUGUGUGAACUGGAAUAUUUGCUCAAUGACAAGUUCAGUUCAACCUUAGGUUUUCCACUUGUUUUGUACAUUCAUAAACUUUCUAAAGUCACAUGGCUUUGUUGCAGUUUUCGUCUUUGUGUGUGUGAGCAAGCAAGUGCUUUGAGGUUAGCCAGCCUGGCCUGGGCAUCGUCAAGCCUGGAUGCAACACAAGCACUUGAUAGUCGCCUCUCCUGAUUGUUGCUUUGCUCUUUCUCAUCAUCUUUCAUCUGCAGUUACAUGUAUAAUUUAUGAAAUGUCCUUGAUUGAAUGUACAGGAAAUGCUGACUCCACCCAGUGGGAACACAUAUCUAUAGCUUUUUCGCAAGAGAUGGAACUUCAUAUUCUUUAGUUUCUCAGUCCUUUCUGGUUCAGUUCCCCAAUCCUCAAAAGUGCAAUGUUUGCACUCUGCAAGAAAGACACCUGGAGCAGCAGGGAAGCAUAUUUCCCAGCUGCUCUGCAGAGAUGUUCGCAGUGUCUAGCACUUGUCAGGAAGGAAAUGUUUGCUCUCCUUCCACCACAAAUCUCUGAUCAUAAUAAAAUAUUUCUAUUAAACCUCAA